AAAAACCAGCGACCAGAAAACGCGCAACACGUCUGCACCGGAGACACAAUCUGACAAGCGCUUUAAAACACAUGAGUGGGAAGGACGGAGCCGCGGAGGACAUCUGGACAUCUGGACAUCUUCCUCCUCACGAAGACACGGGAAGGGACAGAGUUUGAGCCCCAUUGUUUGAAGGAGUGGGGUGGAGCCACUAUUCACUGCGAGCACAUGUUAUGGAAGGAGGGGCCUUAAACUGAAGCAGACCAAACCAGGAAACCCUAAAUAAACCCCAAACCUGAUUUGUCUCUGGCACGAGUCUUCUUUCCCGACCUGGAUGAAAUGCCUUGAUCUCCCUUCUGCCGCACCAUGGCGGGUUUAGUCUCCUCUGUGGGUUUGGUGCUGAUGCUCAAGGCUCUUGUGCGAGGCCAUGGCCAGAGGGCUGUGAUCCUGGUGAUGACGGUGUUGGUAACACUGAUCGCGGCUGACUCACCUGUUGAAGAUGAGUCUCUGUUGAACUCACCACACCAUGCCAUGGGACUUCUUGGAGAUGUUACAAGUUCAGGAUUACCGCCAUCUCAUUCACCAACCUCAUAUCACACUGCCUUUGAGAGCCUAGACUCACCUGGUGAACCCACUCAAGAAGCUGGGGCUGCUGACAUUCUCUUUCCGUGGGGGCAUGUUCCUUCUGAAAACUCCAACUCCUUCACGCCAAGUGACUUCCCUGCAAAAGAACCACAUCCCCUUCCCACUCCAUCAUUAAGCCCCUCUGAACAUGCACUAGGGUCUAGUCCACAACUUGAGGCACCGGCUAAUCCCCCCCCAGACUGGUGGCUGGCCAGGAUAAAUUCUGCCAGGCAAUCUUCCUCUAUCCCUCCAACUCUUACAAUACCUCAGCUACAGCCUCAGUCAAAUAUAUCCUUAACACCAUUAAACCCAACAACAUCUCAGCUCAGCCUAAAUUCUGAGCAGAAGGCUCUAGAUGCGACUCUCACGGCUCUCACCAAGGAGCAGGAUGGUGCUUCAGAGCAAACCCCAACAAUCAUGAGCUCACAGCCUGGUCAGCCUCUUGAGCCCCCUAAUCUGGCUUUCACUGACUUCCAGGCAGAUGAACCUUACAGUAAAAUCUUUGAUGUGACCCCGCUGAGCCCGAGUCGUGCCCCCUUGCAAGAGAACAAACCAGCUCAUGGCGUAAAUAUGCGACCCGACUCAAAUGAGUAUCUGGCCCCUGGCUACAAUGUGCCUUUCAUCGCCCCCCACCUUACAUCACCUUUAUCUGAGCCCACGGAGGUCCCUCCAGAGGUGUUCUACCCCACCAACACCAUGGACUUCGACUGGGGGUCCGGGGACUACUUGGAGACAAUGUCAUUCCUAAAUGCGGAUGGAGAUGACUACCCUAUGGUCACCAAGGUGCCCAUUGACUCGUAUGAUGCAGAGGACUAUACAGAAACGUAUGACACCUCUUUCCCUUCCAGAGUGGGCAUAUCUCCUUCUUCCAUGAAUCACCUUCACAUACCACCUUCUCCCAGCCUUGUGGCAACAUACAGUACUGCUGUUCCUCUGAAAUCCAUCCAUCCUUCCUCUUCUUCCUCCACAAUUCACUUAACGCUGGAACCUACACCCCCAGCUAACAGUGACAUACCUGAUGCCUCGGACAUAGAUUGGCCUGAUACUUACACAAUCCAACCAACAGAUGUCCUCUUACCCGACAUGAACAGCCUGGAGUAUUACACCAUUCAGUUGACUAAGGAGAACAGUGGUUCAGACCCUGGAGCUGAACACAGAGGGAAUGUUACAUUAGUGUCUAUUACUGCUACAGAAGUCACACCCAGCAGCAAUGCCACCAAUGAUACCAAACUGACUGAGGAAGAGUCGUCCAGUGAUAUGUCAGGGUUUGAGCCUCAUCCUGAAUCAACUGCAGAAGUAACCACAGAGCAGAGUCCUCAGCUGGUCAAUGCCUCUGAGCCUUUUCUGGAUCUGUCAGUAGCCCCAAGCCACUACUUAGACCUCUCUCCUUCCCUCUGGGGUGGUAAGGUAUCCACCACAGACUGGUCUGCACCUACAGUUGGCCUGGACAGCACUGUACCAACAGAAGCUAUACUACCCAGUGCCACAUCCUUGCUGCCAGAUUAUGUAUUAUCUUCCUCCUCUAUGCAAGAUGUCCAUUGGUUUGCGACAGAGGAACUCGUACAAAGUACCAUACACACCACUCCUGUGUUUACGUCAACCAUAGCCUUCUCUCCUGGUUCAACUGAACCUGCUGCCAACACAACUGCUAUUGCAACCGGCUCUACUCCCCAAGUCUCGGCUUUCACAACUGAACCAACUGAUAUCAGUGUUGUUUCAACCAAACCCACCACGAAUGUCACUAUCAGCCCCCCCGUCAUCAUGGGUGAUCAGGGGGUGGAAGAUGAAACUGACAACCCAGCCACAAUGACCUUGAUCCCGACUAGCAGUGAAGCUACUACGGUGGCUGCUGUACCAACAACUACAAUUGCCACUGUGGAUUCUCAUCAACCCACAACUAAAAUCACUGCCACCACUGAAGUCUCAACUAGCAUCAGCAUCAUCUCUACGACAAGUGGAAAGACCAAAUCUACAGCACCGACAUCAAGACAGUAUUUCUGCAAUGUUGACAAUCCUGCUUACUUAGUCAAAAUUGGUUUUCCCUCUGGGGCCACUGUUGGAUAUGCCAAAUCUCAAAUCAGAGACAUACUGAAAGUAGAAUUCAACAAGUCUGUAGAGCUGCAGGUUGUGGACCCGCCACCAAAGUUUAUGUUUCGGGUGGUGUCUGGCCCAGUUGUGUACACAGCCAUAUCUGUCAUCAACACUCUGCGAAGGUCUGGCCGCCGCUUCCUGUCUGUGUCUCCCAACUGGACAACACCAGAUAAUAAGUAUCAAGUCCACACAGUGCUGCAGUUUGUUCCCAGUCAUAUUGAUGUGCGGUUCUGCAACUUCAGCGAGAGCAUUACGAAAGGUCUGACCAUGGCCUUUGCAGAAUUGCGUCGCCGCUCAAAGGAGUCGACAAACUUCACAGUGCACAUUGUAAACAUAACCAUGGAUGCUCCAAAAUACCGGGAGCAGCGGCUAGUGAGGCAGCCGGUGGACAUUACCUUCACCAUGCAUGGCUCCAGGGGUUAUCUGAUGGGGUCCGAGGUCAGCAACGCUCUGAUGAAGCUCACCAUGGUGGAGUUCAGCUAUUACAUGGGCUUUCCUGUGCUGCAGAUUGCUGAGCCUUUCCAUUAUCCAGAGCUGAACACCAGCCAAGUGCUUCGCUCCUCCUGGGUUAAAACAGUGCUCUUGGGUGUACUCGACCAGAAAGUGGAAGAAAGAACUUUCCAAGCCUCCAUGGAGCGUCGGGUGGCCAUGUUACUCGGGGAGGCGAUGGGACAAGCCAGACGUGUUAGGAGAGCCACCACCAUAGGAAACAGCAGUGUGCAGGUUGUCAGUGCGAGCCGGCUGCCGGGUGAGGACCAUCCCUUGGAGAUAGUGUAUUUUGUGGAGGGUCCCAGUGGUCAGAGAGUUCCUGGAGUCCAAACAGCCGGCCUGCUCAACAACCUGGAUGUUCAAAGGGCGGCCAUCGUCUUGGGCUAUCGUGUUCAGGGUGUUUUGGCACAGCCUGUAGAGAAAGUGACGUCUUCCCCCUCCGACAAGGAGAACACCAACAUGUGGAUCAUCAUCGGGGUGGUGAUUCCCCUCCUCGUCGUCCUUGUCAUCAUUUCAAUCCUCUACUGGAAACUGUGUCGUACGGACAAGCUGGAAUUCCAGCCAGACGCCAUGACCUCCAUCCAGCAGCAGAGACAGAAGUCUACUGCGUCAUUCAGCGAGUCCAGGAGUCUUCAGCACUCCCUCCCUCCACUCGAACAGGAUGUAGAGUUUAGUGAGGAGGAGGGGGAGUCUGAGGAGGAAGAAGAGGAGGAGGAGGAGGAGCAGGAAGAGAAGGAGGUUAAAAGGGGGAAGAGUCCAGUAGCUCUUUCCGAGAGCAAAAACAAUAUGAGCAGUGAAGAGGAGGAGGAGGAGGAAGAAGAAGAGGAAGAGGAGGAGGAAGAAGAAGAAGAAGAGGAGGAGGAGGAGGAAGAAGAAGAUGAGGACCAAGAUGAGGAAAAGGAGAAAAUGAAAAAGAAAGGAAUUAAACCAGAGGAGCCAAAAAGACAAGAGAGCAGAGCAAUGCCGAAGAGAACAGGGGAGAUAAAGAAAGAUGAGAAAAAGAAAGUGUUGUCUAAAGGACGGGGAGCCAAAGAGGAGUUGCAGGCCCCCAGUGUAAAAGGCUUCGACUUUGCCAAGCUGCACUUUGGCCAGCCGAGUAAGGAUGAUGUCAUGGUGAUCCAGGAGCCCAUGCCGUCAGGGCCCGGCCCCGGGUCCCUCCCCCUGUCCAUGAAAGAGGGCUUCAGUCCCUCCGAGAACGGAGAGAUCCCCACGCCCAAAUCUAAAAACUCAGCCUCCUCCACCAGGGCGUCCCGCAGCGGCCGAAGACGAGAAAGAAUCUCCCCGUCAGACGGUGACUCGGUGGUGAGUGACCAUUCCAGUGUUCAGGAAUCAACUGAGGAGAACCUGAGAGGCCAGGCCACGCCCAGCGACGGCAAGCAGACCCGCAAGGUCCCCAUCAAUGUUUUAAAUGGCAAGAAUAGAAUCGGUCCUCCACCCAUGAACGGUACGAGCGAGAAGCUGUCAUCAGCCGCCAUCUUCGAACACGUCGAUCGAAUGUCUCGUGCCACCGACUCGAGCAGGAGGCUUCCCAAUAAAGUGCAGCUCAUCGCCAUGCAGCCCAUACCUGUCCCACCGCUGCACAGCCCACCGGUCAACGGCAAACUGUCAGACUCCAACAUCAUCGACAAAGAGAUCCAGGUAGCAUUGAGGCACAAGUCCGAAAUCGAGCACCACCGCAACAAAAUCCGUCUGCGGGCCAAGAGGAAGGGCCACUACGACUUCCCCACCAUGGACGAGGUGAACGGGGGCCCCACAGACCAGGAUCACAUCUAUCACAAAGCUCAGAUGCAGAUUGAUAAGAUCCUGGACCCGGACACUCAGAUGCCCUCAAUCUUCAUGGAAUCCAAGAAAAGUGGUCGAGGGCGACGCUCUCCUAAACAGAGGAUGAAGGAUCAGCUGAACGGCAUGCUGGACGCGGACAAAGACCAGCUGAUCACUGAAGACAGUGAUGCUGCCUACAGGAAGUGUCCUGGGGUCAACAAUGUGGCUUACGUAUCGGACCCCGACCAAGGCUCAAUGUCCCCUUACGGGAGCCCCUCCCCCACCGACGAUGUCUUCAUGGGUCCCGGCUCCUCUCCUCCAGGGCACGCAGCUCCCCCGCCGCCCUACAUGCCCCCGCAGCCCUCCAUCGAGGAGGCGCGGCAGCAGAUGCACUCGCUGCUGGACGAUGCCUUCGCCCUCGUGUCGCCCACGUCACAGGGCAGCACGGCCGGCAUCACCCUCCCAGGGGUCAACAGCAACCCCCCUAGCUCCAGCCCUCCAGCCCGGGGCCCCAGGCCUUGGGGGCCCUCUUACCAACCUCUUAACCCCUUCCCUAGUAGGUUCACUGAGCUGGCUCUGUCCCCCCCUCCAGUCCAAGGCCUGACACCGAGGCAGGGCCUGGGCUCCAGCUACCUGCCCCCAGGAGAACCAGCAGGCCUCAGCGAGCAGUUCCAGUCAGACAGCCUGUACUCCAGCAGGGGGCUGUACGCUGAUGAGCUGCCCUCGUCUGCAAGACCCAGACCAGUGGGGGGAACUACUGGCGCCCAGCUCCAUCAUCUCACACAAGUGGGCCUAUCCAGUCGGAUCAACGGUUACCCAGGAGGGGUCCGAGCUGCUCCGGGCCAGAAUGGAGGCAUCGGCUGGAACCACUACCACGACGACAACUUCUCCAGAGCCAAGGCUGAAAAAGAUGCAUUCCUGGACUGUCCUGACUACUCAUGCUCCCCUAUCUUCCAGAUGCCUAGAGGUGGUAUGAGGGAGCCCUCGGCCCCCCCGGCCCACCUGGAUCCCCCUGUGAGCGGCUACAUGUCAGCCCCACCACCCCUGGAUACAUCUCCUCCCUCCCACUCCUCCGCCUCCCUGAUCAAGGCCAUCAGGGAGGAGCUGAUGCGUCUCUCCCAGAAACAGGCAGCUAUGCCCGGCUACCACAGCUGAAGACCCGGCCUCCUGUCGCCGUAGCUCUAACCAGUCACACCACUGACCCUGCCUGCCUGCUUCACCUUAUCCGACAAUGCUUCCCAUGGAAGUCCCCGAGGGUGUACAGCAGAGAGAUCCAGUCCUGCUAACGUCGAGGGGGGGUGGGGCUCGCUUCUGAGUGAAGAGGCCGCCCUCGUGAAAAAAAAACUGAGUGACAGGAUGUUUGACACGGAAUCAGCUGCGGUGUCAAAUGAGAGACAGUGUUAAGAAGAACAAGUUGAACAGUAUUCUUUAGAUGCCGGGACGAGAGGACCUCUAUAUUUCUGUGGAACUGGGGAAGGAUCCCUGCCGAGUUCUGUGGAUCCACAUGAAGGACUUUAACUUUAACUUUUAGACUCAGUAUUUUCUGUGUCGUGGUUUCAUUCCCAUGCUGCCUUCACUUAACAGACAAACCCUAACAUGGAAAACAAGCUCAUCCCCUUUGCUCGUGUCACUUUACCUGCCCUCCAGGUAUCGGCUGUUUUCCAUCACAGGCCCUUAACCUCCUUCUACCCAUCAGGUGCUACUUCAUGUUUUUCUGCCAUGAUGAGCCAAUGCCUAGACAAUGUGACCCGGACUACUGUACGAGGCUACAGUAAAGGUCAAAGUUCACAGACAGUAGGCACAGAGAAGCAUCCGCAGAGACUAAUAAACAUUAACACUACCUGUUCAUCCCUUACUUAACUGAAGUAGCACAGACUUAUUCUGGGUUAGUAUUUUUUAGAUCCUUUUGACUAACUGUAUGUAAUUGUUUCUUUUUUCUUUCAUGCUAAUGUCUCCUGUCUCUUGUUUGUGUUCCUGUUUCGUGGCUGACCGACAACUUGACAAAAUGGCCUUGGAACACACAAAAUCUUCAAACAACGUUUUUUUCAAGGUGGAUUUUAAAGAUGCAAAUAUUAAUUUAUGAAAGUCUCUUAUUACAGCUCCAGCAGCCGCCAAAGGCCCAUCAGUCUCCUUGAGUUUAAUCAAACUGCAACAAAAUCUGUCUUGUUGGUGUGGACAUAGUUCUGCAGGGUUUCAGCUGGGUCUUGAAAAAGUCUCAAAUUAAAUAAUCUGAUUUUUAGGCCUUUAAAAAAUGUAAUACAUUAAAAUAUAACAACUUAGGGAGGUCUUUAAUAUGUUUGACUUUCAGUUAGCUUGCUGUAAUAUAACUACAAGCAUAGCGGUGGUCAGAACUAUUCUCUGUGGGAAAGACCAUGGACACUUUCUGUUGUUGCUUGUAGUUCGAGAGAUAACGUGAUGUUUCCAGGGUUUUUUCUCGACCAGGCUACUUCACCUUAUCUUCAAUAUUGGCUCCGAUAUUCCUUCUUAUGUUGUACUUGACAUAAAUCUCAAAUUUCUUUCAUUGCAGUCUUGAAUUUAACUUGUUCAAACCUGCAGAAACCCUGUUGAUCCAUAUAAACUGUGGAUUCCUGACUGAAUCCACAUUAUUUCAACUGCACAAAAAGGUUUUUAACCCUAUUUAAAUCCACUAGAUCUGGAUUUUACCAAAUUGCACAUAGAUAUCAGUCCCCUACAUAUGCCUGAAUUCCUUUCACCAUUAUGAGUCAUGAAUAUUCCCUGCAAAAUAAUUCCUGGAUCCACUCUUUUGCAGAUUCAUGCCCAAAAAUCGUAUUUGGCCCGUUUUCCAUCCUGCCACCAAGUUCUGUUUAAAUCUGUUCCGUAGGUUUUUGUGUGAUCCUGCUGACGAACAAACAAAUAAAUAAACGACAACAGUAUUUACUUGACAGUGAUGUACAGUUAGCGCUGUGUUUCCUCAGUAUUUGGCUGUAAUAGAUGCACUGUAUGCAGACUACUUGGUACAGCUCAGGUCUUUAGAGAAAAGAGGGAUUGCUAAUGGACAAAUCAAUAUAAAGACACUUUGAUGGGUCACAUGGGUGAAACGCUAACGAGGGAAAGUCCCUUAGUUUGAAUAUGAUCCUGAAUUAUCUCUACAUGGACUCAACCCUCUCUGUUUCAUGCAGUAUUUAAACUUUGCUUUGCCUUGUUGACAGCACAGGAAGAAGAGAAACAUGUAUUUGUUGUCACUUAUGUACGUGUUCAUGUGCUUUUUUGUUUUACAUUCUCUUUGGAUUUAACUUGCCUCGUGUAAUGUUCACCUUCAAAGUCUCGCAGUCAUCGUACUGGUUGGAAAUCAGUUUUAUUUUUAUUUGUUUUUUAUCGACAUGACAUUCCCCUGAUAUUUUGUUGUGUUCUGGGACCUGAAGUUAUAUUUUAUUUAAAACGAAAUAAAAAGAGAAAGUUAUUGAAUUAAAAAAGGCAGGGCCUGGAAAUAUGUGUUUGGACUGUGUAACCAGUAUCAUGCGGUGGAGUAUAAAUCCUCCCGACAUGAGACACAAGCCGUUUGGAAGAUAGUUGAAACAUUUUUUUUACAGACGUUACCAAAGCAUAGUUACAGGUUCGUUCAUUGUUUUCAAUCUGAUGUGCCUUUUAGACUCUCCUGAACCGACAGGGGGCGACAGACGUUCCCUGAUUGGGAUCAUCAAGAUAAAUCAUAACUAUAGUUCACUCCAGAGAAGUUGAUUUGUUUGGUGCUUUUGGAAAACUGAAAUGAAGACGAUCAAACAUUGCAGUCAUACUGAGUUUUUCAUCCUUAUUGUUCAUUUCACUGUUCAUGUCAGCGACCUCACACUGUAUGCCUCCCUCUGCUGGUCGUGUGCUGUAACAACAGCCCGUCUACUCGUGCUCAUCAUGUUGCUUUUCCUUUUUUAAUUUUUAAUUUUAAAGUUGAUAUUUUUCAUCUGUUUUUACCUCCUUGUACUUUGUGAAAUCUGAAUCUGUUGGCUGGCCCAAUGGUACAUGUUUUCUUGACUGAUGCUGGCUGCAUGUUUCAUUCUUGUGUUUAUUGUGUUGUUGUUGUUGUUGUUGUUGUUUUUUGUGCAUGCUGUUCUCAAUUUCAUGAAAUACAAAAAAUAAUCUCUCA